AUGGCGCGCCUCCUCCAAGCGCUCUCCCUCCUCUCCUGCGCCGCCCUCGCGCUCUCCCUCAACAUCCCCCGCCCCCUCCUCGCCGCGCGCGACGGCCUCGUCCCUCACGUGAGCCCCACCGCCGUCGACAUCUUCCCCGCCGGGGACGGCGCGUACCCGCGCCUCGCCGCGCUCGCCUCCGGCGCGCUCCUCGGCACCGUCACCCAAGUCUCGGGCGGGAACAAGAUCCUCCAGGUGACGCGCUCGACGGACGGCGGGCGGAGCUUCGCCGCGCUCGGCUCGAUCGCGACCGCGCCCGGGGACCUCGAUAACGCGAACCUGCUCGAGCUCUCCCCGGGCGGCGCCGUCCUCGCCGCGUUCCGGAACCACGACCUCAACGCGGCGGGCGCGCCGACGUACUACCGCAUCACCGCGUGCGUGUCGCACGACGGCGGCGCGACGUGGAGCUUCCUCAGCCAGGUCGCGGAGCGCGCGGCGGGCGCGGACAACAACGGGCUUUGGGAACCGUUCCUCAGGCUGUCGAAGAAGGACGGCUCGCUGCAGGUGUACUACGCGUCCGAGAACUCGGGCGCGGACCAGGACAUCCUCAUGCAGACCUCCUUCGACGGCGGCAAGACGUGGGGCGCGCCCGUGACUGUCGCGGGCGCGACGACGACCGGGCGGGACGGCAUGCCCGGCUGCGCGAACUUCAACGACGGCGCGGACAAGCUGAUGUGCGUGUUCGAGACCACCGAGGGCCGCGGCGGGCUCUUCUCCGUCAAGAGCGUCGUCUCCACCGACGAGGGCGCGACGUGGGGCCAGCGCAGCGUGGUCUACAACCCCGGGGGCUCGCUCAACGCCGGGGCCCCGCAGAUCGCGGCGACGGAAGACGACAAGCUCGUGGUCUCGUUCAUGACCGACGAGGACAACACCGCGGCGCACUCGUGGCCGGACGGCGCGUCGUUCAAGGUCGUCACCGGCGCGCCCGUCGCGACGGGCGCGUGGGGCGAGCGCACCGUCGUCACCGGCAUCCCGUCCUUCUGGCCCGGGCUGCUCACGCUCGGGAGCGAGGUUAUCGGCUGUGGCGGGCACGCCAACGAGGGCGCGGUCUGCCAUGCGAUCACGUUCACGCAGUCGUGA